AUGGCAAACGAGAUUCCAAUAUUAUUACAAGAGCAUUGUCAGCUUCAAGAACUCGGUGUCAAUCCAACCAAUAUAUCAUUUAGUUGGUUAACAAUGGAGUCUGAUCGUUUUAUAACUAUACGUGAAUCAACUGGCGCUAAAAACCAAGUUGCAAUUAUUGAUCUAAACGACACCCAGAAUAUUUUGAGAAGACCAAUCGCUGCCGACUCUGCUAUAAUGCAUCCUAAAACGAAAAUCCUUGCUUUGAAAGCCCAACGGUCAUUGCAAAUAUUUAAUCUUGAGGCUAAGGCUAAAAUAAAAUCUCAUGUAAUGGAUGAAGAUGUUGCCUUUUGGAAAUGGGUUAAUGACAAAACUAUCGGGCUUGUUACGGCAAAAUCAGUUUAUCAUUGGACAUUAGAAGAUGCCGAUUCUUCCACCUCCACAUCUCCAGUUAAAGUUUUCGAUCGACAUGUGAAUCUUAAUGAUACGCAAAUUAUCAAUUAUCGUGUAAAUUCAGAUGAAAAAUGGAUGGUUCUGAUUGGAAUUAAAGCUGAAGGGACUGUUGUUGGUUAUAUUCAAUUAUAUUCUAGAGAUCGUCAAGUUAGUCAAUCUUUUGAAGGUCAUGCAGCUGCUUUUACAUCUAUGAAAUUGUCAAAUGGUAAAUCGCCUACAAGUUUGUUUACCUUUUCUGUUCGUAGUUCUCAAGGAGCAAAGUUACAUAUAGCGGAAAUUGAUCACAAAGAAGAAAAUCCCGUAUUUCAAAGAAAAUCUGUUGAUAUUUAUUUUCCUGCUGAGGCUGACAAUGAUUUUCCUGUUUCCAUGCAAAUCAGUAAAAAACAUGGAAUUAUAUUUUUAAUCACAAAAUUAGGUUACAUUCAUCUUUAUGAUUUGGAAACGGGUAGUCGUCUUUUUAUGAAUAGAAUAAGUGCUGAAACAAUUUUUGUCACUGCGGAACACGAGUCUACCAAUGGUAUUAUUGGAGUCAAUAGGAAAGGCCAAGUUUUAUCUGUGUCUGUUGAUGAAACAAAAAUUAUCCCUUAUAUUAAAGACCUAUAUAAAGAUAAACCUGACUUAGUUAUCAGCAUAGCUACAAGGUGCAAUUUGAAUGGUGCUGAAGAUUUAAUUUUACGAAAGUUUACUAAUUUAUAUUCAGCAGGAGAUUACACUGAAGCCGCAAUACUUGCUGCUAAUUCGCCAAAUGGGUUUCUUCGUACACAAAGAACAAUUGAUCUUCUAAAAGUUAUUGUUAAUGUUCCUCCUGGCGAUGUAUUACCAUUUGAACAAUAUUUUACUAUUUUGUUAGAGAAAGGCAAUCUCAAUAAACAAGAAUCACUAGAGUUGGCACGACCUGUUAUGACUCAAAACAAAAAAGAAUUAUUAGAGAAAUGGUUGAGAGAGGAUAAGAUUCAUUGUAGUGAAGAACUUGGUGAUUAUGUGAGACCAUUUGAUUUAACAUUGGCACUAUCUAUUUAUCUUCGUGCCAACGCUCCUAUUAAGGUCAUUGAAUGUUUUAUUGAGAAAGGCGAAUUUUCAAAAAUAACUGUUUACGCAAAAAAAGUUGGAUUCCAGCCAGAUUAUUCUUCCCUUUUACAAAAAGUCAUGAGAAGUAAUCCUGACAAAGGUGCAGAACUUGCUACCGCAUUGGCAAAUGAUGAAGGAGGACCUUUGGUUGAUAUUGAAAAAAUUGUUGAUGUAUUUAUGUCACAAAAUAUGAUUCAACAAGCAACAUCAUUUCUUCUUGACGCUUUAAAAGACAAUAAACCAGAACAUGGGCAUCUUCAAACACGUUUACUUGAAAUGAAUUUAUUGCAUGCUCCUCAAGUGGCAGAUGCUAUUCUUGGCAAUAAUAUGUUUACUCAUUAUGACAAACCUACAAUUGCGCAAUUAUGUGAAAAAUCUGGAUUACUUCAAAAGGCCUUAGAACAUUAUGAUGAUAUCAAUGAUAUUAAACGUAUAAUUAUACAUGCUCAUACUUUACCCUCUGAUUUUGUUGUCAGUUAUUUUGGAAAUCUUUCAGUUGAAAAUUCACUUGAAUGUUUAAAAGAAAUGCUCAAAGCCAAUAUUAGACAGAAUUUACAAGUAGUAAUACAAAUUGCUACAAAAUAUUCAGAACAAUUACAACCGUUAAAUUUGAUUCAAUUGUUUGAGUCUUUUAAAACUCACGAAGGCCUUUAUUAUUAUCUUGGUUCAAUUGUUAACCUUAGUACUGAUCCUGACGUACAUUUCAAAUAUAUUCAGGCAGCUGUUAAAACAGGACAGGUUAAAGAAGUUGAAAGAAUAUGUCGUGAAAGUCAAUAUUAUGACCCUGAAAAAGUCAAAAACUUUUUAAAAGAAGCUAAACUUCAAGAUCAACUUCCAUUGAUUAUUGUCUGUGAUCGAUUUGACUAUGUACAUGAUUUAGUUUUAUAUUUAUAUCAACAAAAUUUAACAAAAUACAUUGAAGUGUAUGUUCAGAAAGUUAAUUCAGCACGUACUCCAGCUGUUAUUGGUGGUUUGUUGGAUGUUGAUUGUGAUGAAAAUAUCAUUAAAAAUUUAUUGCUAUCAGUAACUGGAACCGUUCCUAUUGAUCAACUCGUUCAAGAAGUUGAAAAAAGAAAUCGUCUUAAAUUGUUGUUACCGUGGUUGGAAUUACGUGUCCAAGAAGGAAGUCAAGACCCUGAACUUUAUAAUGCUGUGGCUAAAAUUCGUAUUGAUAGCAACACUGACCCAGAAAGUUUCCUUAGAGACAAUCCAUAUUAUGAUUCGAUGGUUGUUGGAAAAUAUUGUGAAAAACGUGAUCCCCAUCUUGCUUUUAUUGCUUAUCAACGUGGACAGUGUGAUUUGGAACUUGUUAAGAUAACCAAUGAUAAUACUAUGUUUAAACAUCAAGCUCGUUAUUUGGUAAAGCGUCGCGAUCCUCAGCUUUGGGCACAUGUAUUAAAUAGUAAUAAUAUGCAUCGUAGGACUUUAAUUGAACAGGUCAAUGCUGUAGCUUUACCAGAAACUACCGAUCCAGAAGAUGUUUCUGUCACAGUGAAGGCUUUUAUGGCAGCAGAUUUACCAUUGGAGCUUAUUGGAUUAUUAGAAAAACUUAUUUUUGAAAAUACUGCAUUUAGUGACCAAAAAACUCUUCAAAAUUUACUCAUUCUUACAGCUAUUAGGGCCGAUAAAGCUAAAGUGAUGGAUUUUGUUAAUAAACUCAACAACUUUGAUGCACCCGAAGUUGCAGAUAUCGCUAUAAAAACCAAUUUAUAUGAAGAAGCGUUCGCCAUCUACAAAAAACAUAAUGAUCACGCAAAUGCUAUAAGUGUGUUGGUUGAACAUAUUGCUAGUCUUGACCGCGCAGCUGAAUUUGCUGAAAAAUGUGACACUCCCGAAGUUUGGAGUAGAUUGGCUAAAGCACAAAUUACUGGAUUAAGAAUUAAAGAUUCAAUUGAUUCUUAUAUUCGUGCUGACGACCCUAGUAACUUUUCAGAAGUUAUCAAUAUAGCAUCACGUGCUGAAAAACAUGAAGAUCUUGUAAGAUAUUUGCAAAUGUGCCGUAAGAAAUUACGUGAACCUAUAGUUGAUAAUGAACUUCUUUUUGCAUAUGCGAAAACUGAAAAAUUCCAUGAUCUCGAAGAAUUUUUGAACACACCAAAUGUUGCACAAAUUCAAAUUGUUGGUGAACGUUGCUAUGAAGAUGGUCUCUAUGAAUCAGCCAAAAUCCUAUUCCAAAGUAUUUCAAAUUGGGCAAGAUUAGCAUCUACACUUGUUCAUUUGGGUGAAUAUCAAGCAGCUGUAGACGGUGCUAGAAAAGCCAAUGUACAUGGUGCUUGUGUUCAACAUAAAGAAUUCCGUUUGGCACAUAUUUGUGGUCUUAAUCUCGUUGUUCAUGCAGAAGAAUUACAAAGUGUGACUAGAUUAUAUGAGAAUAAUGGUUAUAUAGAUGAAUUAUUAUCACUUUUAGAAGCAGGAUCUGGUCUUGAAAGAGCACACAUGGGAAUGUUUACUGAAUUGGGCAUUUUGUAUACUAAAUAUCGGCCUGAGAAAACAUAUGAGCAUUUACGAAUCUUCUGGUCACGACUUAAUAUUCCUAAAGUAAUUAGAGCUUGUGAUGAAGCUCAUCUAUGGAGUGAAUUGGUUUUCUUAUACGAACAUUAUGAUGAAUUUGAUAAUGCUUCUCUUGCAAUGAUUCAACAUGCAGCUGAUGCUUGGGAACAUUCACGCUUCAAAGACAUAAUUGUUAAAGUUAGCAAUAUUGAAAUUUACUAUAAGGCUUUGAAAUUCUAUCUUGAUGAGCAUCCUCUUUUACUUAAUGAUCUUCUUAGUGCAUUAACUCCAAGAAUUGAUCAUACAAGAGUUGUCCAAAUGUUCCAAAAAUCUGACAACAUUCCAUUGAUAAGAUCAUACUUAAUAUCAGUACAAGAAGCAAACAAUGAAUCAGUUAAUGAUGCAUAUAAUGAUAUAUUGAUUGAAGAGGAAGAUUAUAAUGCAUUGAGAGAUUCAAUUGAUAGUUUUGACAAUUUUGAUAAUAUCAAAUUAGCACAACGACUUGAAAAACAUAGUCUUCUUGAAUUCCGUAGAAUUGCAGCACAUCUCUACAAAAAGAAUAAACGUUGGUCACAAUCAAUUGCGUUGUCUAAAGAGGAUAGACUUUUCAAAGAUGCGAUUGAAACAGCCAGUGAAUCACGUUCAACUGAAGUAGCAGAAGAACUUUUAGAAUACUUUGUGCAAAUAGGAAACAAAGAAUGUUUCACUUCUUGUUUAUUUGUUUGUUAUGAUUUUGUUAGACCAGAUAUUGUAUUGGAGUUAGCAUGGAGACAUGGUCUUAAUGACUUUGCUAUGCCAUAUUUGAUCCAAGUUUUACGCGAAUUCUCUCUUAAGGUUGAUUCAUUAGAAAAGGCAAAUGCUGAAAGAUCAGCAAAAGAACAAGAGCAAACACCAAUUAUAGGUUUGGGAAAUCAACGUUUACUUACUCAAUGGACAUAA